UCCUGUGAAGUAGGCAGCAAACUCGACAACAGCUGCUUACUUUAAUUUGCUGUUGGGGAUCUGCUACUACAGCCAUAAUUGAGACAACCAGCUUGCAGCCAAGCCAGUGCAGAAUGAAAGGAUCAGGGGACAGGAGGCAGUACCAUAAGGAGGAGGUAGAAAAGAGAGCAGCAGCAGGAGGAAGGGGCAGGUUUUGCUGCAGCAGGCUCAGUAGCUUUUCUCCCAAAGAUGGUUAUGAGAGCGAGGAUUGGGAGUGCUACUGCUGCAGCAGCAGAGCGUGCAGGCGGCGGCGUUCGUGGAAUCAUAAUAGUGGUAGCAUCCAUUUCGACAUCCAUAAAAGCGGGCGCAAGCAGAUCUCCACCUUGGAACACACCAUGGUUCAGCACCAACUGGAUCAGAUGAUCAGAGACACAACAGAACAAAGCUACCGACGUAGGAUGACAGAAGUGACAGCAGCUGCAAGAAGGAGAGGUGGUAGAAGAACUGGUUGCGAUGCUGUUGCAGUAACAGUAACAACAACAACAACGACUGCAGGCAUAGGUACUACGAUGGUGGUCGUCGAGAAGUGCAGUGAGGAUCCCAGACAAGACUUUGUAGAUUCGGUGGCUACCAUGAUCACUGCAAACAAGCUUCAGAAUCCAAACAACCUCCGUGCACUUCUCGACUACUACAUGUCAGUCAACCCCCAAGAACUUCAUGUCAUGAUUCUGGAUGCUUUCUAUCAGGUCUGUACUGAUAUGUUCUCGUCUUCUAAAUGCUACUCUUAUUCUGCAGACUUUUGAUCAACUCAACUGAUUGUUAUUAUGUAAGAAGAGCACCAAAGCAAGCC